UCCACGCUCCAAUCAGUCUGCACUCGCAUGUCCACGAGGUUGCUCGCACGGGCUUGGCGGCAUCCUCUCUCUCUCCCUCUCUUUCGCUUCGCCCGCUCGUACCCCCUGUUCUGUCAUUCUCUGUCUCGCUCUUCCCCCUCUCUCUUCUUUUUCUGUCUUUCUCUCUCACUCUUUCAUUCACCUGACUCUUAACACGAGCAGGCGUUACACAGCCUGCACGGGGGUGAUACCGAUCGCCAGUCGAGGUACUGGUCGCGGACACCGCAGACACGGUUGAGGUUAGGUCGACGGACCUGUCGGUGUAGUGGCGGGACGCGGCGCGGCGGAUUUGAAUUUUCGAACUCGGACACUCGCGCCGUACUACGUGGGGCUCUACCGGGUGUUAUACGUCAAUUUGUACGCGUACCACGAUCGUACGAUCACGGACAUUCUCUUCCAGGAGGACGAACCGUCGUCUUUCUGUCAGACGACCGCGCGGGUUUGUAAUUAUCGUCGUCCACGAUUGACAGCCGUUGCACGCGUCUGCAGGUUAGGUUAAGCAACGUUAGGUCGACGCGUGUUUUUUGAAACAGUGAAAACGUUUGAGAGGAUGAUGCACCGCGAGUUUUUGCCCCCGUCAUCACCGUUGUUAAUGUUAUUGUUGCUAAAGUUAUUGUUCUCGCGUCUGGUGGAAACACGCAGCGACGGAGACAAGCAGCGGGCUCUGUGAGGUUCUGUGAAUGUUCUCGGACAGCCGCACGCCGCGGCUAGCCGCGCAUCAGUUUCUCAGUGCACACGAGGAAAACAUGGAUAAUUCUGCGUACGUACCGAAUCAUCUACCACCGCCGUCUUUGGUUGUAUUCUCGCAGGCUGGAGGGUUACCUGAGGCCCUGAGAAUGCAAAGACCCUUCAAUCCACAAGUGACCGAUUCGAAGGAGCUGCAGGUGCCCUUCAGCACGGCGGCAUCGCUGGGCUACGGGCUGCAUCACAUGCUGCAUCUGCCGCCGCAAUUCCUGCACCCUCUCGAGCAUAGACUGCCCUUCGGCGGCUUCCGGCCCCUGGUGCCGUCCGCGUUCGCGCCCCCCAGCAAGUGCCUCAAGGUCGAGACCGGGAACGGCGCGGUGCCGGGAAGUGGCGGCCUGCCCAGCAUCGGCUCGCUCUCGAGCAUGUCGAAUAUGUUCUCGCCCUCGUCUCUACCAGGCGCCGGCGGGGGUGCGGUGGUGUCCGUUUCGGGUGCGGCGGCCGCCGCGGCCGCCGCCGCUGCUGCUGCCGGACAGGAAGUUGGCGGGCCGCAGAGUCCGGCCGGUUCCGCGAGCCGUUCGCCUACCGGCACCGGUGGUACCGGUUCCGGUCCGAAUCGUGGUGCGACUCCUGACGAGGAAGACCGCGAUGCCAACGCCACACCUGGAUCCGAAAACACCGAGCGAUCCACCCCGGAGGAAGGACGACCGUACAGACUGGGGCCUGUGUUCGGGGGCCGAUGCGGCGCGGAGGCGCUCGGUCUGGGGCUGGGGCUGCCGCCGGGCCCGGCCUACAGGUUCGCUCUGCCCCCGGGACUCGCUGCCAAGACCACCCGCUGCCUUGUAUUCGACCAAGGCAAGAAGAAAUUUCCCUCAGACCCAUCUUGCUGUCCGGUGUGCGGUGUGACAGUGAGACCUCAAGAAUUGGAGCAGCAUUUUGCUCAAGAGCUUGAUCGACUGUAUAAAAUCACCUCGGCGUCGACAAGACCUCGGCCUCCAAGGUCAACUUUGCCGCCGACGCAUCCCCAAGAUCAUCCUCAUGGCCCGAUGCUGCACGCCCCGUCGGCGGCGGACGGCACACCCCAAGGCAGAUGGGAGACGUACAAAAGGAUCAAGGCUAAUAGACAGGCAAGAAUACGCGUUAAGAACCGGAAGAGGAAAGCGGACGAAGCGUCCUGUCCAGUUUGCAGCGAAAGAUUGUCGGGCACCCCGGAAGAAUUGAACCAGCACGUCGACCGGUGUCUGAACAAGCAGAACAACGGCAACCCGGCCGGACAGAAUGCGAAUCUCGACGAAGAAGAGGUCGACGUUGAAGGCGAUGCCGAGACCUUCGAAGAGUACGAGUGGGCAGGCCAGAGAAGAGUACGCGCCACUUCUAUGCUCGUCGGUGGAUUUUCCGCCGCAGGGCUCGCCACCUCCUCGAGCAAUCGUUCCGGCGGCGGUGCCGGGGCGGGGGGUAACCAGGAGGACGAAGACGUCGACCUGGUGGUCGACGGCGACGACGCUGCCGAGUUCGGUCCGGCGCAAUAUUCCGAGGCGGACGUCGUCGCGCUGCGAAUCGACGGGACGCCGCGAGAACAAAAGGAACGCGACGCUCUUCGCGAGGCUGUUAUCUCACCGAAUGCGCCGCACACGCCGCAACAGUUAACCCCGGAUUCGGGAUUGACGACGCAGGGCCUGGUUGAGGUGAAACCAGAACCAGGCGCCGCGACGCCCGUCGGUCAGCAGAACGAUCCCGAGGAGGGAGCAUCUGCGUCUCCAAGGAGGGACGGUGACACGCCGGUCGUCGACGCCCUUCGCGGUCGCAUUCGUGAACUCGAGGCCGAGAUGCGCGGGCAACCCUUCAAGUGUCUCAUCUGCAUGGAACAAUAUAAGAAGCCAGUCACUUCAGUUUGCUGCUGGCACGUACAUUGCGAGCAGUGCUGGCUGCAUACGCUGGGCGCGAAGAAGCUCUGUCCGCAAUGCAACAUGAUAACGUCGCCGUCCGAUCUGCGGCGCAUCUACAUGUAAACGAGCUGGUUUGACAUCCCUUAGAAUCCGCGACCAGCCCAAGCGGAAUUGGCAUCAGCCGGGCAAUGUUAUCAGCGAGCGUUAUCCGCUCCUGUAAAUACUUGUAUAUUUCUCUGCGUUACGUAAAUUAACUCUUUAGAAUUAACAUGUACGUUUAUGCAUCUUAGAGCUAGUAAAUUAACUUUGUUAGUUCAUAACGAUCACCAACCAAGCGUCGCCCCAAGAUCGAUCACCCGACACAGUUUUGCGCGCCAACAAUAAUCGUGGCCGCAUUUGUUUACAAACGCGUCGUCCUUUUCAAAAACUGAUAGAUAUUUUACGCGUUUGUUCCUUUCUGCAUAUUUCGAAGUCAUUACGAAUAAUUUUUUUUUCGUAAGUAAUGUUAAUUGGAAAUCGUAUUCAUUUGUGUUUUCAACGAUUCGUAUGGUUCUAUUAGAAUAAUAUUUUGAUAACAAACUUUUCAAUUAUUUGAUACAUGGCAACGGUGUUUUUUCGAAAAUAACAAUCUGAAAAAUAACAAUCUGAUUCCUCAUGAAAAAUUUAAAUUUUUUAUAAUUCUUUGAACAUUAAUGGAUUAAAGUUGCACGUUAUAUUUUGCUAUAAAUUUUAGUUACAUCUGAAUUACGUAUAACAACCGAUGAGAUGCUAUUUAAAGAUCGUCAGCUUUAGAGAGAAUUUCGUAAUUAUUGAUGUGAUUUUCAGAAAUAAUUGAAGAUGGUUAUAAAACUAUACAAUAUAAAAAUGUUUUAAUGGUUGGCUUAUAAUGCAGCGUUAAUUUUUUAAUUUAUUAUUAUCCAAAUAUUUUUAAAAUGUACACAUGUAUUUACAGCGCAAAAUCUGUAAAACUGUAUUUUUAUAGUUUUUAUCAUCUGGUAAUAAUUAUUAGAAUGCAAUUUUCCAAAAAUAUUAUCUACUAAAUCAUAAUAUGUGUACAUAUCUUCGAAGUAUCCAAAUAAUAAUAAAUUAUAAAAUUAACUCAAAUGAACUGUUGUUUUUCGUCAACAUAAGCCGGACUUAUGGGUCUUUCGUCGACACCUUCUUAAAUAAUGUUAAUAUACACAAAAAAUUCUCAAAAAAAUCAUAUAAGUUUAUGAAAUGUUAAUUAAAUGUCCAAAUAAUGAAAUUGGCGAAAAAUUUAUUUUAAAUAUUAAAUUUUUAUUGUUUCUUGAAGAGUAAUCGUUAACAUGGCAUAUUUAAAUAAUUUAUAGUUUUUGGAAAUUUAACUUAUAAAAAGAAACACUAUGGAAGUUCUUUAGUAUAAAGCCUAGUUGAUGACAAAAAAUAUUUGUUGUUAAAAAAACAAGAUAAUUUAUUAGAGUGCAUAAAAACAGGGUAUAUUUUAGAGAGAUAAAAGCAUGAAAAUUGGGAGAAAAAAAUCAUUCUCAUAUUUAUUUUGUGUUUAUAUUAUUAUUUUAUGAAACAAAAUAUGUAAAAAAUGAGGUAAAAAUAUUAGAUGCUUUCUGAGCUUAAAAAUAUUACUUUUUGAAAUUGACGGGAACGACUGUCGCACUUCUUCACUCGAGUGUAUAGCCAUUUUUUCGAAUUCUGAUUAAAAUAAAAGCAUCAAUAUCACCAAAAGUUUGAAAAUGUAUUUAUUUUUGUCAGAAGAAUGAAUACAUACUAAAAAACACGUUUUCCAAAUUCCAGUUUUGAUCAACAAAAACCGAACUCAUGGAUCUUUCGUACCCGCCGCCGAUUUCAAUCGCUCGGCAUAUAAAUAAAAACUGGCUGAUCAACAGUCUUUUGGCUUUAAAGUAUUUCCAUCGCAAACUUUUUUUCUCACAGAACCGUCUGCAAGCAUGUGCAGACUUUCGAGGAGUUUCUAGUAAUUGAAAUCACUGGGACACGAGAGACCCGAGAGUCCGUUUUGGUGGUUAAUAUUGGCUUAUGAGCCAAUCAUUGAAAUAUUGUCAGCCAUUCUGAAACUCCCAUAAGAUCAUUGAUCUUUAAUAGUAUCGAUGAUGUAACAAAGGAUAAACAUUUGUUAAACAAAUGGCGACAAAACUGCGACAAAGCUCGUUUCUCAAACGAGAUUAAAAAUUCUUAAGAUUACACGAGAAAAACCACGCGAGAGAAAGCCGAUCGCGAUUGAUCACAGUUUUUCUUUUCGAUUCCAGUGAUUUUUGCAAGCUUUACAAUUAUGCGGAAAGUUUUUCGUUGAAUAUUGUGUUUCUCCAUGAUCGGCUUUCGACGCGUUGGGCAUAUAAUUACCGAAACUUUUAGAUCAUCGCCUCAAACCAAUCUCUCGCGAUGCACCAGCGAGCUCAUGUAAAUACACUAAACGGAUCACGAAGAAAAGUAAAUCCUCCGAUCGCUGUUCUGUAAUCGAAAUAAAACGAUCAUGGAAUG